AUGGAAAUAGUUCGCGAUGCACCGUUUAGACAGCUUGUCCGUUUUAUUUUUCGUUAUAAGUUUUUUCUAUAUCCAGAAGAGCACCCUGGUUUUGAAUGCCCCCAUACUGCAUACAACGCAAAUAGCAGGCUUAAAAGUAGAGCUGAGCCGUUUUUAAGUAAUGCUGCAGCGGCGAUUAAUGUGGCAGGCUUUCAGGGACAGGAAAAAGACGAUCUGGCCCUUAAUUAUCAGGAUACAACAUUAAGUCUAAUCCAGUAUCAAACACUCGCAUUCACAGCGGAAAGGCUAGAAGAAGAAGAAAAACUAGCCCUAAAUAAGACUCUAAGUAUUGUGCUGUCCCUAGCGAAAAAUUCCGACGGGACUAUUUUGAAAAAGAAAGCCUUUAUUGCGUUUCACAUUAAGCAAAUAAUAGAGCACUUCGGGGUUAGUGAAUUCAACGCAUCGUUAGGACUAGCACUUUAUAUUAUCGGAUGUUAUAUAAGAUGGUCUCGGUCCUUUACUAUAGGCUCCGAUAAGCGAAAUUCCAACUUUCGGUCGGAAUAUACCCUAUAUGGCCACAUUUGCCAUCUAUCUAAUCUCUGCUACUUACGCAUAAUCUUCCUAGUCUCUUGGUCUUGCGUUUUCUAUAAGGAUUCUUUAGUAUUCCCUAUCUUACAAAUGGCGGAGCGACCAUAUAAGAUAUAG